GUGACGCAGCGCGCGCCGCUGCCCGGGGCCGCGAUGGGCGGCAGGAUCGAGUGCGUGUUCUUCAGCGAGUUCCACCCCACGCUGGGGCCCAAGAUCACCUACCAGGUCCCGGAGGACUUCAUCUCUCGGGAGCUCUUUGACACCAUCCAGGUGUAUGUCAUCACGAAGCCCGAGCUGCAGAACAAGCUGAUCACCGUCACAGCCAUGGAGAAGAAGCUGAUUGGCUGCCCUGUCUGUAUUGAGCACAAGAAAUACAGCCGAAAUGCCCUGCUCUUCAACCUGGGCUUCGUGUGCGAUGCCAGAGCCAAGGCCUGUGCCCUGGAGCCCAUCGUGAAGAAGCUGGCUGGCUACCUCACCACCCUGGAGCUGGAAAGCGGCUUCAUCUCCAAUGAGGAGAGCAAACAAAAGCUGGUUCCCAUCAUGACUAUCCUGCUGGAGGAGCUGAACGCCAAAGGAAAGUGCACCCUGCCCAUAGACGAGUCGAACACCAUCCACCUGAAGGUGAUUGAGCAGCGCCCGGACCCCCCCAUCGUGCAGGAGUACGAUGUCCCUGUCUUCACCCAGGACAAGGAUGACUUCUUCAAUUCCCAAUGGGAUCUCACGACGCAGCAGAUCCUGCCGUACAUCGACGGCUUUCGGCACGUCCAGAAGAUUUCAGCAGAAGCAGACGUGGAGCUGAACCUGGUCCGCAUUGCUGUGCAGAACCUGCUGUACUACGGGGUGGUCACGCUCGUCUCCAUUCUCCAGUACUCCAAUGUCUACUGCACCACACCAAAGGUCCAGGACCUGGUGGAUGACAAGUGUCUCCAGGAGGAGUGCCUGUCCUAUGUCACCAAACAAGGGCACAAGCGAGCCAGCCUCAGGGAUGUCUUCCAGCUGUACUGUGGGCUGAGCCCUGGCACCACGGUGCGAGACCUCAUCUCCCGCUACACCCUGCAGCUCCAGAGGGUGGAUGAGAGGAGGCUGAUCCAGUUUGGAUUGAUGAAGGGCCUUAUCCGGCGGCUCCAGAAAUACCCUGUCAAGGUGACCCGGGAUGAGCGGAGCCACCCGGCCCGGCUGUACACGGGCUGCCACAGCUACGACGAGAUCUGCUGCAAGACCGGCAUGAGCUACAAGGAGCUGGAUGAGCGCCUGGAGAACGACUCCAACAUCAUUGUGUGCUGGAAGUGACACCGCGGCUGGCAGCCAGGGCCCGUGUGUCCCCCCGCAGUGUGUCCCCGCAGUGUGUCCCCGCAGUGUGUCCCCCCGCAGUGUCCCCGCGUGUCCCCGCAGCCCGAUGCGCCCCCCGACUCCCGCCGCUCCUCCGGGCCGCCAGGGGGCGGCAGCGGGGCGGCCAGCGCGCCUCUGGUUGCCAUAGCGACGCAGCCGCCAUAGCGCCGCCAUGGCCGCCGGGCCGCUGCCGCUGCUGCCCGCCGAGGCCGAGGCGCUGGUGCGGGCGCUGCAGGGCACCGAGCUGCGGGACGUCGGCGGGCAAGGGUGCGGGGGCACGGCUGUGUUGAGAACGGGGUGUGAGGGGGUGGGCGGCGUGGUUCUGAGGUGUCCCCCGAGGGUCUGAGGAGGGCUCACAAAGAAGGGGCUUUAAAUUUGGGGUGUUCCUGCUGGGGCUGUUGGGGAAAAGGAAAGGCCCCGGUUCUGGGGCCUCCCUAGAAAGGCUGGAUGAGGAUAAGGAAGGGUCUCCUGAAGGUUUAGGGUAGAGAGGAAGUGCCCUGGUUUGGAGGUGAUAGCUGAGGAUCAUUGUGGGGUGGGGGGAGAGGAGGGUCCCCACUUCCGGAGCCUUCCUGGAAGGUCUGGGAGGGAGAGAAGGGUCCACACAAGGAAAGGCCCCAAAUCUGGUGUGUCCCCAAAGGGUCUGUGUGGGACAAGGUGAUGGAAAGGAGGACUCUGAGUUUUGGGGUGUCCCUGGCGAAGGUGUCUCGUGGUGUGUGUUGCUGGGGGCAUCAGUGUUGGGGCUACCACAGGUAGAGCUGCUGCCCUGGGGAGUGCUGGCAUGGGGGACAGUGUAGCAUGUGGGGGUGCCUGGCAGGCUUGGGGCAUUUCCUUGGAAUGGAGUUGCUGGUAGCAGGUUUCCCUUCAUGAGGGACCCUCUCCAGGAGUGCCAUAGAGCCCCAAAACCCAUAGCCAGAGGUCUCUGGCACUGAUGUCCUUGCUGGCUGCCCUGCAGAUGGCUUCAGCAACACGAGUACGUGGCAAAGCUCAACAUGCAUGCCAUCCUGAGCGCCGAGGCGGGCCAGGAGCAGCUCCUCAUUGAGCUGCUGGUCACCUAUGCCAAGGUGAGCCUCCGUGGGUGUGGGAUUCUCAAGCUGGGGUCGACUGGUGGGCAGUGUGCAAGUUCGGAAUAAAAUGGUGAAAAAUCUGCUGUAUCUCUGGCAAAGACUUUUGACUGGUGACUCACCAGUGUUGCUUUCUAAAAAAAUUAAAGUUCAAGCUGUGGUAUUUCUA